UUCUCCAGCUGUGAAGAUGCUGCGUUUACUUUGUCUCACAGUGCUGACCCUGGCUUGGAAACCGGUACUCUCUCUCUAUAACUGCUCCUCCCUUUAUGAGAGGGUUCCAAAUAAUGAUGACCUGAAGGUGGACUGUGGAGUCAGAGUCAUCAAACUGGAGGUUAACCUGUGUACAGCACAAUGGGCUGGCUUCGACCCCAACGGACUGGCCCUGAAUGGCAUGCACAAUAAUAGCCAGUGUAAAGGUACUAUAGACACCAGUGUGGACCCUCCUGUCAUCCGGUAUGAACUAGCUGUCAAUGACAGUCAGGGUAACCUGUGCCGGCAGUCACUUCAGAUUGUAGACGAGGUUCCCAGCGCCUCUGGACCUUUCAGCUCUUUCUCCAACAUUCAGUCGGUCAUCAUCACCAGCUUCAUUGACACCCCAACCUCCUCAGCAGGUAUCAUCAGCUAUUCCACGGACCUCUACUAUCACUUUUCCUGCCGUUAUCCUCUGGAAUACCUCAUCAACAACACCAAGAUUGUGGCAUCAUCAGUGUCGGUGGCCACUAAUGAAAAAAAUGGAAGCUUUAUUGAUACUCUCAGCAUGAGCGUGUACAAUGAUUCUAGCUUUUCCUAUCCAUUGGUGGUUCCAACUAAUGGACUACAACUGCGAACCAAGGUCUACGUAGAGGUCAAAGCAGUUAAUCUUUCUGGGAACUUUAAUCUCCUCCUGGACCAUUGCUUUGCAACUCCAUCGCCUUACACCUUCAACAACAGCGAAAAACUUGACUUCUUCUCUGUAUGUAACAUUGACCCUCGGACUGUUGUCCUGAACAAUGGGAUAUCCAAAAACAGCAGGUUCUCCUUUGAGGCGUUUCGUUUUGUGGAGCAUCGCAACCAAGACAAAUCCUCCAUCUUCAUUCACUGCAUCCUGAGACUCUGUGAACCUGACAAGUGCCUGAACAUUUUAAACGGUUGCAGUGGAAAGAGAAGAAAGAGAUCUGUGGAGGAGGAGUCUGGACAACCGUCCACGGCUACUUUGUCGAUCGGGCCACUUUAUACAGCUGCCCAAACUGAGCCAACUGCUUCUGCUUAUGCAGGAGGCCCUGGACAGUCCAAUAAAAGCCAGGAUAACAUGGCUGGGGUGGUGGUAGGGGCUAUAUUUGCCUCUGCUGGUGCAUUGCUUCUCGUUAUGGCUGGAUGGUUUGUGCUGAAGAAGGUUUGGUAGGAUAGUGACCUACCUUAUGUUUUCAAAUAAAGGAGCCAGUAGCAGCUGGUCAUCUGUUCUAGACAGUUUAGUAUAUCAGAGCACCUUAAUGAGACACGAAAAAUUCUUAAGAAAUGUUAAUACGUCCGCACAAUGCAAUCUAAUAUGUUUUAAAUGCAUGAAGGAACUGGAAGGAUAUCAUUAAAGAUAUUUUAAUAUUGUGCUAUAGGUUAUAAAAACUAUUUUUUUCAAUCAUCCAAUAUGUAAAUACAUCAUAUUAUGUUUUACUUAAGUAUUAAAAUGGUAAUAAAAUGGUUUAUUAUUAUUAUUGCACUUACAUUUGGAGAUUGCACAGAUAAUCUAAUCUAAUCUAAUCUAAUCUAAUCUAAUCUAAUCUAAUCUAAUCUAAUCUAAUCUAAUCUAAUCUAAUCUAAUCUAAUCUUAUCUUAUGUCCAUUCUGGGUUUAAAUACACUGUGUCCACUUUGUGCUUCUGUUUAGAAAUCAUUGUGUUAAGC